AGCCCUCUUUUCUCAUCAGAAGUCAUCGCAGCUGUUACUACUCUACUUGCAAAGAUGGCUUCUAAGUUUCUUCUUCUUGUGCUUUUUGGUGCUCUUGUUUGUACCACGAGUGCUGCCAGGAAGCUUCUGAGCCAAAAGGGUUCUUUUGAGGAUGAGAAAAACUUCUUUCAUCAUCAUCAUCCUGGAUAUGGAGGAGGACUAGGUGGUGGGGGUGGUGGUGGUUUUGGAGGUGGUGGCGGUGGUGGCUUGGGUGGAGGUGCUGGCGCUGGGGGUGGGGCUGGCUUUGGUGGGGGUGCUGGAGUUGGAGGAGGUGGCGGGCUUGGGGCAGGUGCUGGUGGAGGGUUUGGUGGAGGUGGUGGAGGAGGACUAGGUGGUGGAGGAGGACUAGGUGGUGGAGCCGGUGGUGGGUUUGGAGGUGGAGGUGGAGCUGGAGCUGGAGGUGGCCUAGGUGGGGGAGCUGGAGGAGGGGGCGGUGGAGGCUUCGGUGGUGGUGGAGGUGGAGGAGUUGGUGGUGGAGCUGGUGCAGGUUUCGGUGGAGGAGCAGGUGGUGGUGUUGGCGGUGGAUUGCCUUAAAGAAUAGAAGAUAUCUAUGUGUGUGUUUCCAUAUUCCAUGGCUCUUUUUCGAGAUGUGUUUGCAAUAUGUUUCUUGGUUGUGAGAUGUUUUCAUUGUCUUUAUUUUGUUUCAAUCCUCUAUUUCAAAUAUUAAUGAAAGAAUGACUUCUCAUAAGCUAUUAUUUA